GCCUUAGACGGCGCCCAAGUCGAGUAUUGGAAAACGGCCAAGGACUCUAGAUGAAACGAUGCCGAUGGCCGUCUUCAUAAACUAUAAACUGAAGCACCUGUCCUGUUGAACUCGCAUUAAGUCCACAAAAUAGAUGGGGAAACUCAUCAGUAGAGUCAUAGCGCCCUCGUGAGUUUCCCAAACUUUACGGAAAUGUUAUUGGUGUACAUUAUAAAAAUGAAUAUUAUAUUUCCUGUGUCGAGCCAAUCAGCUAUCACUGAAUUGGUCAUGCGCAUUAGCUGUCUCGCCACACGUGCAGUGCACAAGAGCAAUAAACAAUGCAGUAGGCCUGUGCAAGUGAAUACCUGCCAUGCAUGCUGUACAUACAGUGUACGUAUGCAUGAUCGUAUGCAUUAUGAACCACUUACACAUUGGGUAUGCGUAUUUCGUGUUCGGAAUGACGAUCUGCAUGAUCUGGAUUUUGACUUCAUCUUCGAUUUCAUUUUACUCGGAAAUUUCGCCCAGCCUACCCAGAUGAGCUCAUCCAAGGAUGGCCGAAGCUGAUGGUCGUUCUAACUCACGGAAAACCAGCGGUUACUCGUACAGCACCGUGAGCUCAAGCCUAGCCGAUUUAGAGAUGGAGAUGGACCCCGUUAGUAACAGCUCGACAUCUGGGGAUGCCUGCAUGUACUCGCUGCCGGCCGACGGGGCCACCGGGACGCCUUCCGCUGCCGAGGUCCUGCCCAAGACCACCACAGGCGUCGCUACCACCGCUAUCGGUGGCGUGGGAAACAGAAACCUAAAUCAUGUCUGUGUCGGUGGUGGCGACUUCCAGACGAACAGAGAAUUACAGAGGAAGUAUUCCAUGCAUAUGAAUAAGAGGACGAUGAAAAAGAUGAGCUUUCAAGGAAGAAUGUACAACUUUCUGGAGCGUCCCACUGGUUGGAAGUGCUUCGCCUAUCACUUCCUGGUAUUUAGCACUGUAUUAGCCUGUUUAAUCUUCAGCGUCCUGUCCACAAUACCUUCCUGUAAAUUUGCCGAAGGAGUCUUGUUUUACAUGGAAAUCAUUCUAGUGAUGUUCUUCAGCUGUGAGUACCUCAUCCGUAUGUGGUCGGCAGGCUGCCGCCAACAGUACCAGGGCCUAAGGGGGCGAUUCAAGUUUGCUAGAAAGCCCAUCUUAAUAAUAGAUUUAAUAGUGGUUGUUGCAUCUGCCGCUGUGCUUUGUUUUGGUUCUGAGGGCCAGGUCUUUGCUGCCUCAGCUAUAAGAGGUGUUCGCUGUCUGCAGAUUCUGCGCAUGUUACACAUGGACCGGCAGGGAGGCACUUGGAAGCUUCUUGGCUCGGUGGUCUUCAUACACAGACAGGAGCUAAUAACCACCUUGUACAUCGGCUUCCUGAUGCUGAUCUUCGUGUCGUAUUUUGUCUAUCUGGCGGAGCGCGACAACCAGGACGAGAGAGGGCGAAAGCAAUUUGAAACCUAUGCAGAUGCCCUUUGGUGGGGUGUGGUAACGUUAACAACAAUUGGCUAUGGUGAUAAAGUGCCCAUUACAUGGCUGGGGAAAAUUAUUGCCUCAUGUUUUUCAAUAUUUUCCAUAUCCUUCUUUGCGCUUCCCUCAGGUAUUCUAGGGUCUGGAUUUGCCUUAAAGGUGCAACACAAGCAACGGCAGAAGCAUUUCAGCCGUCAGAUUCCCGCCGCUGCCAGAUUAAUACAGUGUGCGUGGAGGUGUCACGCCGCUGAGAACACCACAGGCUUCGUGUCGGAGGCCACCUGGAAGAUCCACAUUGCCCCAUCCCCGGCCGCCACGGGCGCAGGCAGCGCCGCCAACUCCACGGCUCCCAGCACCCCAGCCUUUGCCAACAAGACACACCUGCUGAAGAAGCGGAAGAACUCCAAGCUCAAGGAGGCCCUUGUGCAGUCCACCCUGCUGGAGUUCAUCCCCACCAAGUCGUCACCCGAGAGGACGGCAGGAGUCAGCGACACAGUCUUCAGCGAUGAUCCCUCAUGUGUAUUUGAGAGGCUCAACAAGAGGCGUGUGGAGGGUGACCGCGAGCCCAGCGACAGGUACCGGCCGCUCCAGCGACUCUCGGAGAUGUUCUCCAUGGACCUGCCUGAUCCCGAGGGGGACAUUUUCAGCUUUGCCUAUGUUCCUGAAACAGUCACUAGCCUGACGCCGAUUCACAAAAUUGCCAUCCGAGCAAUUCGGCGCAUUCAGUACUUGGUAGCCCGCAAAAAAUUCCAGCAAGCCAAAAAGCCGAUCGAUGUCCGAGAUGUCAUCGAGCAAUAUUCUCAGGGACACAUGAACAUGAUGGUGCGCAUCAAGGAACUGCAGCGACGACUCGACCAGACUGUCGGCAAACCUGGUGCAUACCUCACAAUUGACAAGCGGAAACAGACCAUUUUAGCACGGAUGUCCAUAAUGGAAAAUCAGAUGUACGUCAUGGAUUCCAAACUCGACGGUUGCUUGAAACUUCUCAGUGCGCUCACGAAAAGGCUCGACGAACAGAACAAGGGACAGGAUAGUUCACCGUUCGAGCCAGCGCAAUCUCACAUCUAGAGUCUUUUUGCUGAAAUCAU